AUGGCCGUUCAAACCACAAAGCAAUGGAUUCUACGAGACAAACCUUUCGGCACCCCCGUCAUGUCCGGAGAGGCAUCCACCUUCGAGUUGACGACGGCAUCCCUUCCCACGCUUGAGGAAGGCCAAGUCUUGCUCAAGACCGUAUACAUCAGCAACGACCCUGCGCAGCGAUCAUGGAUAUCUCCUCUUAGUGAACCGCAGCGAUCCUACCUUCCACCGCUCGAACCAGGCGAUCCAAUGCGCGCCCUGGGACUUGGGCGGGUAGUGGAGUCGAGAAGCGCCGACUUGAUUCUCGACACUCUGGUUCUAGCGAGAACAGGAUGGUCGGAAUUUUCGGUCCACAACGCCCGGGAUCUGACGCCGAUAAAACCUCCCGCCGGGCUCCGAGAGACUCAUUUCCUCGGAGCACUGGGUUUGCCUGGUUUCACGGCGUAUUACGCGCUCACGCAGAUCGUACACCUUGAAAAAUCCCAUGUUCUUGUCGUCAGCGCUGCGGCAGGCGCUGUUGGCAGCAUGGUGGUCCAGAUUGCUAAAAGAGUUCUCGGCUGUGCAAAGAUAAUCGGCUUCGCAGGCACAGAUGAAAAAUGCAAAUGGGUGGAAAGUCUAGGAGCAGAUCUGUGCCUGAACUACAAGACCGCAACGUUUUGGGACGAUCUCGUUCAGGCUACACCUCAGUUCGUGGACGUUUUCUUCGACAAUGUGGGCGGAACGAUCCUGGACUUGAUGCUGAAGCGAAUGAACAAAUUCGGCCGCAUCGCCGCCUGUGGUACCAUCUCAAACUACAACCGAGAUGCCGACAUCGUCGGCCUAAAGAACUUUUAUGUGAGCGUCACCAUAUUUUGCGAACCUGAGGGAAGACUGACAGGUGCAAUCCAGGAGGUCAUCAUGAUGCGGGUCAAGAUCCUGGGCUUCAUCAACGUGGAUUGGCUCGACCACCUGCCAGAAGUCCAGGGCAUUCUGGUGGACGAAUGGAAGAAAGGCAACCUCAUAAUUCAGGACGGCAAUGAGACUGUCAUCGAUACGCGAUUCGCGGAUAUACCACAGACGUGGAUGAAGUUAUUCGAAGGUGGGAAUACUGGGAAGCUGAUUACUAGAUUGAUAGAUUCGUAG